AUGCCUAAAUACACCGAGGAGCAAUUGUUAGAAGCCAGAGAACUCGCAUUCACGCCCAAGCCCGACGUGUUGGAGUCCUUCAGCAAGUUGGUGGAGUCUGUGAGGGAGCACGUGGCUAACGAAAAAAGAGUCAAAAUCACCAACGGCGACUCGUACAUCGACGAGCACGGCCACGAGCGCUCGUACAACCAUUUCAACAGAAGACGCUUGUCCCGCGGCAACGGCCCCAAGCCCAACUUGCGCAAAAAGUCCGAGACCACCGUCGAUGAGGACGGCUGGGAGACUUACGUCAAGCCCCGCAAGUCCUUCGGUGGCGACGACCACGCUGACGACAGAACUGCUUUCAGGGAGCUGGCCAAGGACACCACUGUGCGUGUGAGGCCCAACAACAAGAACUUGGGCUCCUCCAAGGCCGUCGACCCUAGAGACGCUAUCGCAGACAAGCACACCAACACCUUCAACGCUUUCGAAGCCUUGGGAGACGAUGACGACGAAUAA